AACAAGAGAUCAUAUUUAUAGCGGGUAUGUGCUUUCGGUGACAAUCAUCGACGCAACUCAUUCGUGGACUCCAUCAAUUCAUCUUGUGAUUGAAGAUGAAAAUCUCGAUUGUGAACGAAUUGGUAUUUAUGGUUUUACCAAAGAACAAGGAGAAUAUCUAACCAGUAAAGUCUAUACCAUUGGAAGUAAAAUGAAUAUUAUCAAUCCAUACUUAAGAAUAGGUGCAAGUGACAUAAAACCAUUUAUUCGUAUAGAUGAUUUUUCAUCGAUUUUGAUGCAAAGUGAAUCCGAACGAGUGAUCAAUAUGUGUCGAUGUUGUGGCGAACCUAAUGCACUACAUGCUUGUAGAAAAUGUAAACAAGCACGGUAUUGUUCAAAAGAAUGUCAAACUAUGGAUUGGCAAUUAUAUAAACAUAAACUUAUUUGUAAAAAUCAAUAA